UUCACGUGUGUCACUUCCUAGAUUGCAUAUGUGACAGCAUAUGGCAUUUGUCUUUCUCUGGCUUUCCCAGGAGGGGAUCACUGGGUCCAGAGACAGGAAACUUGUUUACGGAACCCCAUCUUUCCCACCAGAGGCUGCCCGGGCCACAGUGCCCCCGGCAGCGGGCGGGAACGUGCCGGCCUCACCCUCCGCUUCAGACGCGAGCAUCCGGCGGUGCGCGCGGUUCCAAAGCGCUCCGCGCUCGGCCCAUUGUGACGCGGGCCCGGCGGCGGCCGCGGGCAGAGCCAGGCCAUGGCCGAGGCUCAGGAGCUGCUGCUGCAGCUGCAGAAGGACAACCGCGACGGGCGGCUGCGGAAGCAGGAGCUGGAGGAGCUGGUGCGCGGGCUGGAGGCCGAGAGCGAGAGCCUCACCGCGCGUCUGCAGGACCUGAGCGAGCGCGAGCGCGGGUGCGGGCAGCUCCUCCCCCCGCCCGGCGUGUGGGCACCGCGAGGGGGCGGGCGGCGUGUGGACGCGGCCUCGGCAGCGGAGCCUCAGUUUCCCCUCCGCAGCCUGCAGCGUCGGCGGAGCCAGGCGGCGCGGGCCCUGCGUGGGGAGGCGCGCGAGGCGGCGCGGGAGCGCGCGGACCGGGCGCGCGGGCUGCUGGAGGCGGCGGAGCAGCGCCAGCGGGACCUGGAGCAGCAGAACCGACAGCUGCAGGAGCAGUGGGAGGAGCUGUCAAGCCAGCUCUUCUACUACGGAGGAGAGCAACUGAGCCAGCAGCGGGCGGAGCAGCAGCUCGGGACGCAACUGGCGGCCCUGCAGAAACAACUGGAGCUGGUGGAGGCCAAGCACACCAUGCAGGCGGAGGCCCUGCGGCAGGGCGCACGGAGGAUGGAUGAGGCCUGGGCCAGCUUCCAGGAGCAGAGCGGAGUCUUGCAGGAGUUGCAGGGGAAGGUGAUGGAGGCGGCGGCUGCACUCGACAGCUCGCGGGGCGGCCCGGAGCCGUGCGACUCACAGCCCCGCCGGGGGCAGGACUGCGCGGGCUCGCUCAUGGAAGAGGUGGCCAAGGCGGACUGUGAGAAGCGGCUGUUCGGCGCGGGUGCGACGGGCUUCAGGCUGUGGGCGCUGGGCGCGCUGCAGACGCUGCUGCUGCUGCCGCUGGGCGUCAUGGCGCUGCCGCUGCUCUAUCUGACACUGGUGAACCCCUCGGCCCUGCGCCGCGGCCUUGCGCGCCCGGGCUCGGACGCCGCCCUGCGCCGCCUGCGCUACACGCUGGCCCCGCUGCUGCAGCUGCGUGCGCGCGGACUGCUGCCCGCCUAGCGCAUCACGCCGGCCGCGGCCGCCCGCACCCAAGUUUCCGGAGUGGUUUCUGGGCGCCGGACUGGGGGGGUGUGGGGCGGGGGGAGACGGGAGGGUGAUGGAAGAGGGAAAGGGGAGGGGAGGGGGCUUGGGGGUGGCGGCGAGAAACCCGGGGACGCGGGGCAGGGAUGUCUUGUGUCCUCCCGCCAGGAGGCGCCGCCCCCCCGCCCCCGGGUGGACCUUGGUCCCUCCGCCCUGCCCUCGGUUCCGUCCGACCCCUCCGUUCCCCCAGCCCGUCCGCCCACUCCGGAGGGGUCGGAAUCAUGACUCAACCCGCUGUCGCCUCCGGCAAAUCCAGCCCGCGGCGCUGGCCGGCGGGUCUCCGCGGAGCUCCGUGUCCCGCGUCCGCGCGCUGGUUACUCAGUCCCGCGGCGACCCUCGUCCCCGGUGGGUCCCUUGUUGGGGGCGCAGGCGUCCUCCCUCUGGUCCGCGGCCUCUCCGGCGUCCAGGCGGCGGGGGCCGUGAGCGUUCCUCACUGCGAUCUUGUCUAGCCUUGUCUAUUUCUGUGAACUAUCCUGCUUAAUG